CUAACCCCCUCCUCUCCCCUGCUGCAGGAGCACCUCUGCCCCCCAGCGGCGAUUCCCGGCCCGGAGGAGAAGUCAGCUCCGAAGGACCCGGAGCCCCACGCGAUGGACGCCCCGUCCCCGGAGCUCCAGCGGCGGAUACAGCAGUUGGAGGUUAUGGUGACGUCCUUGCGCCGGGAGCUGCAGAGCCAGGCCGGCACCAUGGAAGCUCUGCGACGUCGGUGCCUCCAGGACCAGCCGUCCCCGGGGAUCUCCGCGGAGUCGUCCGGCUGCUCCCAUGGGGCUUGGGGGGCUGUGGCGACGUCCCCGGAGCUGGCCAGCACCGACGGGACCCUGGUUUGGAAGCUCCAAGGGUUCUCCAAGCUGCUAGGGGACGCCAAGGCCGGGAGGAGAGCGUCCAUGUAUUCCUCGGUCUUCGCCACCCACCCCUUCGGCUACCGGCUCUGCCUCCGGCUCUACCCGGACGGGGAUGGGGCCGGCCAGGGGACCCACCUCUCGCUGUUCAUGGCCUUGGCCAAGGGGCCCUACGAUGAUCUCCUGCCUUGGCCUUUCCUCUGCAAGGUCACCUUCUACCUCCUGGAUCCCUGGCGGCGGAGGCCGGCCCUGAGGGAGACGUUCGCCCCUGACCCCUGCAGCACGUCCUUCCAGCAGCCCCGGGGCCAGCUCAACGUGGCUAGCGGGAGCCCCCUCUUUGCCCCCCAUGGACAGCUCCAAAACUACCUCAAAGAUGACACCCUCUACGUCAAGGUGGUGGUGGACACGUCUGGGAUGGAGGUGUGAGCUUUGGGGGUGGGGGGUUCCUCUGCCCCCAUAGCCUCCUGACUCUUCCUAUUCCUCCCUCAGCCCCCCUAAAGCUCUGACCCCCAAUGCUGCCCCCUACCACCCUCCAGCUCUCCCGCCAAAGACUUAGAAACAGCUUUCCUUGUGCGUUAGCGGCUCGGAAAUCUUCCAGCUGCCAGAGGUGAAUGUAGUGGAAGUUACCCUUGUGGCUUAGAACACUACACGCUUGUUGGGCUUUUAAAGCUAAGCAGGGGGGGGGUUGGUUCUGAGAACAGAUGGGAGACCUGAGACCCCCAUGCUCAGCAGGGACUGGGCUGUUUGGGGGCUUGCAAGGGAGGGAGACGUGGGGGUUGAGUUGAGCAGGCUCUGGGCUGUUUGAGCCAGACCCCAAUGCUCAGCGGGGCCUGGCUGGUUUCUGCAGGCAGAUGGGAGACUAAUUUGCCGGCCACUGGGUUGUCUGGCUGAUGAUAAUUGAUGACCGUUAAUAACGACCCGAGCUGCACACAGGACGGCGACGUUCGCGGGUCUCUCUAAGCAAUGAAUUGUCUAUUUAUCUAUUUAUGUAUUUAUUGGCCGGCUGCUGGUGCGCUGGGCUGAGUCGUUCCCCCGGGGGAAGGAGGAGUCUGUGUGUGCGUGUGCAUGUGCGUGUCUGUGUGUGUGCGUGUGAAGCACAAUUAAUCCGGCCCCUGUGCACAGUCACUGACCUAGGACACGUCCAGCUCCCUCACCCCGUAUUUAUCGUCAGCGUUUGGUUUAUGUAUUGUGUGAUAUUGUAAUAAAAAUCUUGGUGCCCCACUCGUGUUACUGUCCUUGUCACAGCGCCCAGCGAG